AUAAUUCGUUACCAGUCAUGAUACGACCGCCAUUUAACAUGAUAAUGCGCAAGACAUGAGACGACCAUGGCAUUUGCUGCAAGGCUGGGUGCUCUCACCGGAGAGCUCGUUGAGGCUGUCACUAGCUCAUCAACCGAGACAAACCCUCGAUUCAAGGCCCAGCGCGACGCUGCUUUACAAAGGUUAAAGUCGCAUCCAUAUCUACGAACGAAUCAAUUCGAAGUCGAGCACCAACUCGACGGUCUAGAAGAAAGAUUCCGUGUCAAUGGCCGAGAUGCGCUCGCUGAUGCCCUCGUCGAGCGCCGGGAGCAGCUCCGGCAAAUACACUCGAAUUUCCACCCCGAAGUUCUAUACCUGAUUUUAGAACUCUCAGACCAACCGACAUAUUACUCAAAACUGAGUGACCUAGAUGCGCUGAAAACGGGACCAAGCGAUUCAGAGCUCGAACUGCGUUGGGAGGAUAUUGCCAAGGAAGAUGGAUGGGAAGACGACGCUUCGAUGUGGAAGACGAUAAAAUACACCGACAGUUCAGAUGAUGAGCUUUACGAAGAUGACUCCAAGAGUGAAUCGGAGGCCAGCACUGACCUAUCUGAGGUCCCGCUUGGAAGAACAGCCGAAGAUCUAAUUGUCAACCCUGAGGACAUGACGAAACUGCACGAGAUUCGAGGAGCGCAAGGAUGGCGAACAGAAAAGCCCACAGACGCAUCGGGCCAUGCUCGAAAAGUGCCAGUAACGGAAUUCCAGAUCGUUCGAGAAGUUUUGUUCAUGCUGCAAGGACUCGAUACGACACUCUUUGGACCCAAUGGCACUGUCAACCCAGCAUUUCAGAUGGCUCAUCUGAAAUGGGAUACUCACAAAGCUCUUCUGAGCUACUUUUCUGAAGCAGGACGACAACUAGGUAUUCUACGUGAUUUUGUCAGCAAGUCACAGCGAUCAUCGCAUAUUCAAGUUCUUCAGGAUACUGUGGCCAAGCGACUCGACGAUCUGGAUAGAAAGUCAACGGGUAUAGAGUCACGGCUUGUUGCGCCUGAGAAUAAUGUGGUUGUCAGCUUAUUGUCGAUCAAGGGAGAGUUGGCAACAUCGCUUGAACCAUUAUAUUCUCUUUCAAAUAUCAUCGCUCAGAUACAGAAUGUGCCCAAUCAAGGUACAUUUCGGUAUCUUGAGCUCCUCUUUGACGAUGCAAGCAUGGCGCAAUUGUCUGGAAAGCUGGACGUUUAUGAAUUUCUGGCACGUAUCUUUGUCGAGUGCUUCAAUGUCUACCUUCGCCCUAUUCGCCUCUGGAUGGAAGAGGGCAAACUUAUCCCCGGCGACAAGAUCUUCUUCGUGUCACAGGCACCGAGCCAAGUAUCACCUAGCAAGAUCUGGCGCGAACAGUUUAGGCUACGUAGGACGGCCGAUGGGAAAUUACAUGCCCCUAGUUUCCUCCAGCCAGCAGCUGCCAAGAUAUUUAAUGCCGGCAAGAACAUCGUUAUCUUGAAGCGGCUGGGCCGCUGGAUCUCUUCAGGCUCGGAAUGGACGAUUCAGGAACCUCCCCUACACUAUGAUACGCUUUGUCCUAAAGGACUUGAGCUUGCGCCGUUUUCAGAGCUUUUCGAUGCUGCUUUUGAUGCAUGGAUCCAGACUAAAUACAACACAUCCUCGACCACGCUGAGGAACACACUGUUUGAAGAGUGCGGACUCUGGUCUGCUCUCGACGCUAUGGAGCGGCUGUAUUUCAUGUCUGAUGGUGCCGCAACAGAAGCGUGGACUAGCAGCCUCUUCGGAAAACUAGAUGCGCUGGAUCCUAACUGGAACAACCGCUAUAGCCUGACGAGUGUAGCACAAGAGGCAUUCACAACUCUUGUCGACAUGACGAGAAUAUCGAUAUACAUCAGUCCCACGGGGCUAAAGGUGCCACUCCUCAAGGCUCGCGACUCUGUCAAGUCAGUUCUUCCGAGUACAAAAGUCAACUAUCGGGUAGCAUGGCCGAUUCGCAUGAUUCUGUCCGAAGACAGCAACACCCAGUAUGAUGCUAUAUUUACUCUCCUUUUGCAACUGAAGAGAGCUUUGUAUGUUCUACAUAAGCGCAAGAUCCUCGAGAAUUACUGGAUCGAUCAUGAUAACUGGGAUGAGCGCGCUCUUUAUUAUUCACUACGGAAUAACCUCCUGUGGUUCUGCACUACUCUCCAGACCUAUCUUGCGACGCUGGUCUUGGCACCUAACUGCGCCAAGAUGAGGCAGGACAUGCAAGACGCUCACGAUGUUGAUGCCAUGAUGAGAGUUCAUGCUACAUUCUUGAAACAAGUUGUUGACGAGGCAUGUCUUGGGAGCAGAUUAACACCGAUCAGAGAAUGCUUUCUCGAUAUGCUCGACCUGGCCAUCAGACUAGAGCAAGCACAAACUGUUAACAUGACAAAAGAGACAGAGCGGAUGCAGCAGUUUUCUCGUCUCUCGACCAGAAACCUUUCGCCUACGCCUGGAACACCUGGAUUGAAGUCCAAGUACGUCGAUAGUAGUGAUGAAGAGGACGAUGCUGAGAGGGAUGAAUCGAGGACCUUGAAGAUGGGCAAGCCGUUUAUGACUGUGCUCAAGGAGAUUAAAUCCGAUUAUGAUAGACACUUGCGGUUUGUUUGUGGUGGCCUACGCAGUGUUGCCAGAGCUACAAGUGAUGCGCAGUCUGCAAAGUGGGAUAUCCUAGCAGAGAUGUUCCAAACAGGCUGUCGAGACGAAAGGCCAGGUUACGCUUAAGCCACAAUGUUGAGAUUGGAUAUGAAUAUAAUGAUACCCCGUGUGAACAACCUAUUCUUUUAAACGCCCCGUGAAAUGAACUACCAUUCAUUCUUGAGCUUAUCCGCAAAGAACUGCAUCAAAGGCAACACCUCAUCUCUGUUCAUUGGCAUGCUCACCUCACGUCUCUUCCACUGCACGACCUUGACAUCGUCAAACUCUCGCUUCACAGCAUCGACAGCGUCUUCGUCAAGUUGGCAUACCAGUACGCUUGUGCUGCUCCUGCUGCGAUUUGUGACUGUAGACACCAUAGAUUGCGGUAAAGGUCCGCCGAGAGAUAUAGCACCCUUGAACCUCUUGUUACCUGGCGAUGUGCUCUCGCCCUCGGAAACAUCAGUGACCCGAGGAGUCUUGUUCAAAGAGGCUGCAAGACCAAGAGCGAGUGAACCACCCUGCCCAAACCCAAAGAAAAUAAUAUCUCUCAUCUCCCACCCGCAUUUCUCAAUAAGAAGCUCCCCGAUCAACUUCUCCAUGAUCAAUCUCCUAGCCUUCUCGAAACCAGAAUCAUCCGCAAUGUCUCCCGUGCUGGGAUCAACAGUGAGAUCGUCACCCCAAUGAUACCCCGGUCUAUCACCACCGAGAAGCGCAGCUGGUAGAACAGAUGUGCCGCGUACAGAAAUGGCGAGAACGCCGGGAAGAUUGAGGUUCUUGGCGAAGGAGGCGAAGGGAACAUCGUGGUCACCUAGACCGUGGAAGAGAAUGAGGAAUGUGGUGGUUGAUUCUGGUGGUGAGGGGAAGUGAAGAGUGUGAGGGAGGGUGCUUGAUAGAGGGGAGAAGUCAUCUUCAGUGGGGAUUCGAGGAGGCAUUUUUGUUGUGAGGAGUUGAAGUAUAAUGAAGUUGAUGGUUGUGAUGUUGAAGUUGUAUGAAUAAUGUACUCAGUCGGACAAGACACCUUCAGG